GGAUUUCGGGGUGUCUUGAGAGACUAUGGAGAUGGAUUAAAGGGACGGUGCACCGCAAAACUGGAGCAGCACGCGCGAGCACGCCGGGGGGGAAGGGGGCGACGGGACUCGGUGAAUUCACGGAGCCCCCGGGACAGAGGCCUGGACUGGUCCCACCCCAAGAUGACUUCCCCCAAAAACAAAGCCAAGAAGAAACAACCCAAAGACAGUAUGACGCUGCUGCCAUGCUUUUAUUUUGUAGAGCUCCCCAUCGUCCUGUCCUCCUUGGUGUCCCUGUACUUCCUGGAACUGACAGAUGUGUUGUCCCCCGCGAUGGUGGGCUUCCGUUGCCACGACCGUGACCUGUCCAUGCCCUACGUGGAGACGGGUGAUGAGCUUAUCCCUCUGCUGAUGCUGCUGAGUUUGGCCUUCGCUGGUCCUGCAGCAUCUAUUAUGAUGGGGGAGGGCCUGAUGUACUGCUUGCAGUCCAAACUGAAGACGUGUCCCAAGUCGGAGAGCAGCAUCAAUGCUGGAGGCUGCAGCUUCAACUCCUUCCUACGCAGAACCGUGCGCUUCGUCGGUGUUCAUGUGUUCGGUCUCCUGGCAACAGCCCUGGUGACAGAUGUCAUCCAGUUAGCUACCGGUUACCACGCCCCUUUCUUCCUCACCGUCUGCCAGCCCAAUUACACGGCUCCGGGGGUGUCAUGUGACAACAGUGCCUACAUCACACGGGACAUUUGUAUGGGGAAAGACCAAUAUGCCAUCAUGUCAGCCAGGAAAACAUUUCCAUCCCAGCAUGCAACGCUCUCUGGCUUCGCUGCUGUCUAUAUCUCCAUGUAUUUCAAUACCAGCAUCAGCAGCACGACCAAGUUGCUGAAGCCGUUGCUGGUCUUUUUUUUCUGCAUGGCGGCGGGCCUCGCCGGGCUGACGCAGAUAACUCAGCACCGCAGUCACCCGAUAGACGUCUACGUGGGAUACGUCAUAGGAGCCGGCAUCGGAGUCUACCUGGCUGUGUUUGCAGUUGGAAACUUCAAAGCAUCAGACGAAGAUGCUCCCUCUUUACAGAGACUGGCCCCAGCUCAGCAGAAGGACGGCCUGAGGGUGCUGAGCCAGCGGAGCCACGACUCCCUGUACAGGAAGACUCCCAGGGUGUCUGAGAGCAGAGAGGAGCUGGGGGUGGGGCUCGGGUCCGGGGCCCGUUGUAAGGUGAGGAGGGAAAAGGCCUCCCUGGCCUCACUUAAACGAGCGAGUGCUGAUGUGGAGCUCCUGGCGACCCGCGGUCCCAUGGGCAAAGAAACCAUGGUAACCUUCAGCAACACCUUGCCCCGAGUCGCAAACGGCAACAGCCCCAUCUCCCCCUCAGACGAGCUCCCUGCCACGCAGCGUCACAUGACCUUCCAUGUGCCCUUUGACCCCCAGAGGUCUCGGCAGAUGGUGUCAGAGUGGAGGCAGCGCUCGCUGGACCUCCGCAGCCAGAGCUCGCGAGACGACGAGGAGGAGGGAAUGGACGGGAGGGAUGGAGGAGAUGAAGGAGGAGCAGCGGCAGGAGAAGGAGACCAGGAGAUGCCUUCGUCUCUUUAUCCCACAGUGCAAGCCAACAAGGGCACCGCCACACCGACUGGAGCCAGGAUGGUGGUGGCACCCCCACUCGUUUACAUCCCUGAGGAGGCCUCUCGUCCGCCGCCUGUCUCCCCAAAGAGUGCCAAGACCCGCGCCAAGUGGCUGUCACUCACCGAGGGAGGAGGGGGGAAAGAGCCGGGAGCCGGGCCGAUUGCUGUGUCGACUCCCCGCGUUCCCAACACGCAGCCCAACCAGCCGCCCAGCCAGCAAAGAGUCACUCAGGUGAUAGCCAUGUCUAAGCAGCAGGGUCACGGAGCCACUUCGUCCACUAAGACGUCAGAAGGUGGCUCCUCCUCCGGUGGCGGGUCCAACUGCUCCGAGUCGCCCUAUUACCGGAUCCCAUCCGAUCGAGACAGCUGCACAGGCAGCAACCCAGGGAGCAUCGCUGGCAGCGGGAGCAUCGUCACAAUCGACGCUCACGCCCCUCACCACCCGGUGGUGCGUGUGUCGGCCGCUAAUGGCAAGCCGUGGGAGUGGAGGAACACCAUCAGCGGCAACAUGAUGGCCGCCGACACGGCGGGGGACAAACACCGUGCAUCGAUGCAGCGGCAGGACAAUGUCAACCACUACCGGGAUUACCGGACGCUGCCCUUGAAAGCGGACUUGCUCUGCUCCUCCUCGGCCGGCGGCGGCGCCGAAGGAGGUCUCGAGUUGCCUCCCCCACCUCUCCCCACCUCCUCCUCCCCUCUGCCUCACCCUCCUCAGCUGUUGUCAUCCCCUCUACCGCCGCCGCCUCCCCACUCGUCUCCUUCACCCUUGCCUCCCCCUCCCCACCCAAGCUCCUCUCCAAUGCUUCCCCCGCUCCCUCACCCUGGCUCGUCUCACAUGCCUCCCCCUCCUCACCUGUCCUCUCAGAUGGCCCCGCCACCCCUCCCAUCGUCCUCGCAAAUGCCCCCGCCUCCUCACCCAUCCUCCUGUCAAAUGCCCCCUCCACUUCAUCCAUCCUCCAGUCAAAUGCCCCCACCUCCUCACCCGUUCUCCUGUCAAAUGCCCCCGCCUCCACAUCCGUCCUCUUCCCCUUUGCCACCACCGCCUCACACCGCAUCCUCCAUGCCUCUACCUCCUCACCCAUCCUGCUCCAGCAUGCUUCCCCCUCCUCCCCAUCCCGACUUACUGAUGGACGGCCACAGCCAGGCGCUGUCCCGCUCCUCCACCCUGCCUCGUCGGCCCUCCGCCCGCAGCCAUGCGGAGCAGGAGCACUACUACAAGGCCAUGCAGAACGAGCGGAUGUUAUAGUCAGGACAUCAUUGUCAUAUCAAUGAUCGUACUUCAGGAGACUCAGCUGAAAGAGACAGUGAAACAAAGGAGGUUGUGGCAGGUGAAGAGAAAUGUAUGACUUUUGAAAAAUGACAAAAAAAGGUUUAGAGACUCUGAGACCAGAGCAGCAGUUUUUGGUCAAAAUGCUGGAAAUGAAGAGGCAGCAAGGGGCAGAGGACCACGGGGAGGUCUGGCAGCUCACACACACUCAGCAGGGGAUCUCAUUUACUCCUGCUCACACGUAUUGCCCACAGCGCCGGCUCAACGCUUCUGACUGGGAAAAGAACAGACAAGAGAAGAAAGGGAAGUCACAAAGUGCAGGGUGAAGAAUUAAAAAAGCCCUUGUUCACCUAGUUUCGACACGCACAUCCUCCGCGUUUCUUUACUACACAUUCAGGGGGAGGAGUGGAAGAGGCUGCAGCUGAAAGAGAGAUAUCACAAUGAACGGCCUGGGAUUUGCUAAAUCAAAUUUCCCUUGAGAGGGGGGAUAAGACUGAGGAAAGAAAACAACUACAGGCAAUACUAGCUCUCCUUAAACCCGGCACAGCUGUUUGAGAUUGCCAGCCACAAUACACAGUUUGCAGUUGUAACCGGCUGAAACACUCAGUGCUUCAAAGAAAAGAAUGCAGUAACGUUAAGUUCAACCACAGGUUGAAGAGUGCUAGCCACAACCCACAAAAGCAUGAGCGUCUUUCAAUACACAAACCAAAUGGGGAAAUUUAUGUUUCACACCAAGUAAAUUUGUCAGCAUCCACCAGACUGAGCCGGCUUAGGAAGCGUCGCUUUCUGGUUUGGGGUGUGAGAAGGAGGAGGAGGGGUGGGCAUAAGGAGGAUCAUGCACAGUUGGGCACCCCUAUACAGACGUCACCGCAUGGAUUACUGUUGUAAACAUGAGAGGCGGUGGAAUGGAAGGAGAAUUGUUCCCGAAAGUGAAGAGAAUGGCUGGGCUGAGCAGCACAGCGAGCCAGCGAGCCAGCCAGUCUGUCUUUGCUGUGUGCAAAACCUGCCACGGAGCCUGAAGCAGCGCUCAGGAGAUUAGCGUUUGUUUAUCAAACCGUGCUUGCGCACUCUUCCCUCCGUAGCCCUUCGCGUCUGGCCGGCUCCCUGGCAAAUCACAAUGGUGACGGGAGUGUUAAUGGAAAGCUGCCCAGGCGAUGGUGCAGCCCGCCAUCAUCAGCCACAUGCACAUUGCCUCAAGCAGGACGAGUGCGACUAACGGUCUCUGUUUAUACCUGUUAGAAUUUGAAAGAUGUUGGUACCACUUUCUAACCAUGCAUACCUUAUUAGGGGUUUGUAAGUUGUUAAUGAUCGUUAAUUUGUGCUUUAUAGAUCAGAAAUAAGGAAUAUUGUAUUAAUGUGUUCUUAUCUACAAAAAUAGCUUUCAUUGUCUUUUUAUCGAGCUAUUUCAUUUUUCAGGUAGAGCUCCUCAGGAAGGCUAAUACAAUAUUUACA